CAAGCGGCUUGUAUCCACAGUAACAGAAAACAUCUCCCCUUCCUUAGAGAUCCUAAAUUGAAAACCCUAAUUUUUCGAAGCUCUGCGAUUGUGCAAUUUCGAGCACAAUCAUGGAUCAUCAAUAUCAUCAUCAGUGGCGCCAGCUGCCAGCUCAAGCUAACACAUGCCCGUUCUGUGCAACUCCUCACUUCCCGUUUUGUCCUGCGCAUCCCCCCCAUUCCCAGCAAAAUCCUAGUUUGCCCUUUCCACCGCCUCAUUACCCGCGUCCCGGAUUCGACCCGUAUCAAGUUCCGCCAACGCUGCCACCGAUGGUCUUGCACCAUCAGCCGUUUGGAAGCAACCCGGGCGACGGGUUCAGUGACCCUAGAUCUUGGCAUAGAAACCCUAAAUUUGGGAAUGGUUACGGUACCGACAAUGGUUUUGCUAGGACUGAUGAAGUUGAUAGGAGCUACAAAAGGCCUAGGGUUGGGGAAUUUGGUCCGCCUCAAAGCUCGGCUAGAGUUUCAUCCGAGGAUGAGAGAAGAUUGAAGCUGAUUCGGGAUCAUGGAGGUGCAUCACCUGGCGGAUUUACUAGCGAAACGAAAAAAUAUAUGCAGAAUAUUGCUCUUCCAAUGCCGUCGACGAACUCAGAGAUGUGUAGUUUAGGAGAAUCUUUUAAUCGGAAUGAAUUUCAUUCAGAUGUCAAAAAUUUCGAGCAAUCUUCUCAUGCUCUCAACCAGCAUUCUAGUUAUCCCCAGCAGGAUGGUUAUCAGGGUGCCGUUGGUUACCAAAACUUUCUACAAUAUGGUGCGCCACGACCUACCGGCAAUAAUAUAGUUCAGCCUCCGCUUCCAGCUUCCCCACCACCUCUCCCAUUGGAGCCAUCAGGGCACCCUUCCUCAGACUUUAAGACUGGUUCUUCGCGGGCCAAAGUUUCAAUUUCUUUGUUUCCUGUUAGUUCCUCUGCCUUGGGGCAUCCGGUUACUGAAGCUCAUUCCUACACCCAGUCCUACAAUUUGAGCAAACUACUCACGCAUUCCUCUUCUGGCUUUGUUGCUGAGGAAUCUCUUACUAUAAACUGGACACCAUCUAUACAAUAUGUGGGGGAGGGCCAUUCUUUUCCCUUAAAGCAAUCUUCGGAUAAGCCUAAAGUUAUUGAUGCUUCUCAAUUAUUUAAGCUGCCUUAUCGAGUCGCCCGCCCUGAUCAUAUUGUGAUAAUUCUUCGAGGGCUUCCUGGAAGUGGAAAGAGCUACUUAGCAAAGAUGUUGCGUGACCUUGAGGUUGAGAAUGGUGGCGAUGCACCAAGAAUUCAUGCCAUGGAUGAUUAUUUCAUGACAGAAGUUGAAAAGGUUGAUGAUACUGAUGUCUCAAAGUCUUCAAGUUCAGUCCGAAGCAAGAAACCAACGAUGAAGAAGGUGAUGGAGUACUGUUAUGAACCUGAAAUGGAGGAGGUAAUGCUAAAAUUUGGUUUAUGGCCUGUAUAUGGAUUUAUAUUUAUGUGCAUUUUAGCUUUGAUUCAUGAUUUGGUAUUCGAGGUUUUUUCAGAAAUGUAUAAUGCUUAACUUUAUCCUGACAAAAAGAAUGGGCAAGGCUUAAAUCAGGCUAGGAUGUGGUCAGCCUCCUCAAGUGAAGAUGAUGUUUCAGCUUGCUUUGAGCCCCCUCAAUAAUCCCUUGGUGUUGAUUAAAUUGACAAAUUUGAUAUGUGCUGCCAGAAUUUAAGCAUAAUGUGUAUUCAUUCAUUCAUUCAUGCAUGCAUGCUUCUAUUUAAGUUUUUGUGUUAUUAAUUGGUCUACCUCCAUGCAUUUGUAUGACUAUUGUGGUGUCAUUGAUUAAAAUUCACUACAGGUAUAUAGAGAAAGCAUGUUGAAAGCGUUUAAGAGGACUCUAGAGGAUGGGAUCUUCAAUUUUGUAAUUGGUAUGACUUUUUAUUUAAUGUUCUAGUAGUCUUUUGAUAUAAAGUUAUAAGAUCUUCUUUCAUUGUAUUGUUUAUUCUUUCAAGGUGGAUUAAUUGGUGUAUCAUAUUAAAAUUUAUUGUAUGAUGAUUUGAAGUUGUGCCUCCUAUUGUUUUCAUUCCCGUUUGUUUCGGGGUACUACCAAGAUCCUAUAUAUCCUUUCAAAUGUGCGCUUACUACCCUACCUGUGUUACUGUCUAGUUUGGAGAUUUAACAUGGUGUCAUAUGUUUACCCCUUUUUGUCAAACAAACCAUACAAAUAGAAAGCCAAAAUUGGAGCAGAGCUCCAAAAUGGAUAAAGAAAUUAAAUGUUCCACAUUCACUUAUGCUGGCUUGUUUCAGCAUAUAACACAAGUGAUGUAGCUCAAUAUAAUUUAAGUGGCAAUGCAGUGCCUCUGCACUGCUUUCAUUUUCAACUAACUACAGAUGCAGUUUUCUUUGGAAAUUGACCCAUUUGUUGCUGGUAUGUGUGCCUUGUCCUAGUGGAUGACCGCAAUCUGCGGGUAGCUGAUUUUGCUCAGUUUUGGGCAAUUGGAAAGGUAUAGCCUCAAUUC